AAGAACAACACAUCCAUCCAUUAUUAACCACGGUUAAUUGAAAAUAUUUACACCCAACAACCAAGUGGUUUAAUCACGAUAACAACACACGUUAUAGCUGCCGGAAGUAAAGACUAAAAAAUGUACCUUAAAAAAAAGACCUUAAUCACAAUUUGUAUUUUGCUGUUUGUAUACUGGAUAUUUCAUGAUGCUUUUCAUUCACCAAAGGAUCAUUCUUUGACUUAUUUUAAUGAAAGAAGAGAAACCUUAAAAAAUACAGAGAUCAUUCUUCAAUCACAACCAAAAGGAUCAAAAGUUGAUAAACGUUACUAUGACAACCCGCAGCCAUAUGAAUAUGACUUUAAAAAUCUCAUCAAUGAACCAGUUCUUUGCAGUCAAUAUGAAAAAGUAUUCCUUCUUUAUACUGUUCGUACAAUUUACAGCCAUUUGGAUCGACGAAAAGUACUAAGAAAAAUUUUCCAGGAUAUUCCAUAUGAUUCUUUCUCAAAAGACAUUGUUGUCAAACAUGUUUUUCUUUUCGCCAAUACAAAUAAUUAUACAACUGAAUCGCUCAUCCGUGAGGAGAGUAGAAUAUACAGAGAUAUUAUCCAGGAUGAUUUCCCAGAAUCUUAUGCUAAUGUCUACUUAAAGACACUUAUGGCAUGGAAGUGGAGUGUGGAGUUUUGUGCCAAUGUGGAAUAUGUUAUGGUAUCAAAUGAUGAACUUUUUGUUGACCAGAUCAAACUUCUGCCAUUUCUUCAUUAUGAUUUGUCUCAAGUUGAUUAUGAUAAUCAUUUUGCAUUUUGUUUUUGCCUUGGCAAUGGAAUAUCAAAGCAUAACAAAUACAAAAAAUUCCGUGAUCUCGGUCAGAAAAUGUUGUAUCAAGGGAAGAACUAUCCUAUAUAUUGUCAUGGUGUUGGUUACAUAGCACAUAUUAAUGUAAUCAACAAACUCUAUCUGGCAUCGUUGAAGAACAAAAUGCUCAUGCCAGACGAUGUUUGGAAUGGUGUAUUGUCAGAAAAGUUAGGCAUCAAACAAAAUUGCCACAACCAUCGAGUUUAUGUAUCCAAAUAUUUUGGUUCCAUUUUGAAGUCAUAUUUGAAAAACCCAUUCUUUGUGGCGAUAUGUGAUCAUUUUAAUAGACCAGAAGCAGCAGUACCAUGUCUGCAGGUGUGGAGCCCCUCACAGACUCCUGACAAACUGGCCACCUGCUUGGUAGCAAGAUCUUCAGUAGUCCUCAGCUUCUGGUUCGAUGAAAAUGACAAGGAGAUCCAGGAAUUACUAGCAAGGAAGAGGGCAGCACAUUAG